AUGUCUCCUUUUUUUCCUAGUGUAAUUUUGUCUAAUCGGUGCAGUUACGGAACUGACACUUUAUUUAUAUAUGAAAUAUAUUGCUUAUUCAAAGAUGAUAUCACAGAAGAACAAAGGCUGGUACAUUUAUCUAGCUUAGAAAAUUCAGGGAUUGAAACCUUUUUCUUGGGUAACUCUUUCCAAGGCUACUUUGGUCAAUUGACGGAUUUACAACUAGAAAUUCUUCGUGACGACCCAGCUGUAGAUUAUGUUGAAGAAGACUACAUUGGUGAGAUCGCUAAUUUUAGAGUACAAAAAGAUGCAACAUGGGCCUUAUCCAGUAUCAGUCACCGUUCCAUCAAUAAAUCAGAGGAGUACUUAUAUGAUGACCAAGGGGGGGAAGGGGUCACUGUAUAUGUAAUAGAUACUGGAAUCAAAAUAGACCAUGAACAGUUUGAAGGAAGAGCCGAAUGGAUAGCAUCGUUGGCAUUUCCUUAUCUCGAAGUAGAUUAUACUGGGCAUGGUACUCAUGUAGCUGGAAUCAUUGGAUCAAAGACGUAUGGAGUGGCUAAGAAGUCUAAGCUCAAAUCCAUAGCAGUUAGCAAAUGGAUGUGGGUUUCUGCUUCAGAUUUAAUAAAAGGUUUGGAGAUAGCCUUAGGUGACCACUUACAAGCAGUUAAUCGAAGAGAAAAGGGAUUCAAGGGAUCAGUUAUCAAUCUUUCUAUUGCUCUUGCCAAUUCCACUGCUGUGAACAUGGCUAUAGAAACUGUGAUUAAAGCUGGGAUUCAUGUCGCUGUUGCCGCAGGGAACAACGGUUUCGAUGCGUGCCAGUUAUCUCCAGCAAAUGCACCAUCGUCUAUAUGUGUUGGAGCUAUUGGUCCUGAUAAUAAUAUCACAGACUUUUCUAAUUGGGGUCCAUGUGUAGAUAUUUUUGCCCCGGGAUAUCGUGUGAAGUCUACUUUCAUCGUUGGUGGAACUGCUGAAAUGGCAGGCACAUCAAUGUCAUCUCCACACGUCGCUGGGAUCCUAGCCUAUUUGUUGUCGUUGUAUCCAGAACAAGGAUCUGAGUAUGCCAUAGAUGUUAGCACAGAGUCACUCAAAGCAAUAUUGUUAAAACAUGCUACAAAGGGUGUUAUAGGUGGAUUAGACGAUGCCACACCGAACUUAUUAGCUUACAACGGAGGAUUCACCAACUUCUGGAAGUUAGAUACUGUCUGA